GACAAGUUCACUCAACGCGCCUUCCCUCUAUAUAAACGGGCGGUUCAUCAUAUCCCCAUCAAUACACUGGCAGCAGUCACAACGUCCGUACAUACAUUUUUUUUCUAAAUCUCACUGUGCUAGUGCUUUUUGAAGGUUUAUCGCGAACGUUACGGAAAAUUUCUAAGAAUGAAGGUGCUUAUUACUUGCUUAGCCUUGGUGGCUUUAAGCAUGGCGAUGCCCGUAGCCGAAGAAAAACAAGAGACUCCCGUCGCUCCUGCUUCCAUCGUAGAAACUAAGAGUGAGGAUGAAAAACCCUUAAGUGAUGUACAGCCAUCAAUUGCAGAAAAGAAAGCCGAAGAGCCAGCGGCGUCAGUUGUGAACGAACCUGAUGCAGCACAAGUCAAAAAUAAACCUGUAGAUAUACCUGCAGUAUCUGAGCCUGAUGUAAAGGAAGAAGUAAAAAAAGUAAUACCAGAAGUCAAACCCGAAGAGUCAGAACAAAAACCGGAAACACCUGUUAGCGAUGUAAAGCCUGACGUAAAGAAUGAUAAAACUGAAACUGUAGUGGGAGAUAAUAAGAAUGCUGAACCACAGGCAAAGGAAGUAAAUGAUGAAGCAGCCGCUAAAUCCGCUACUCCUGAAGAACCUAUUGAUAUCGUUGAAGCAGUAAAAAAUCCAGCAGCAGUCGCUGACGUCGUCGACCCAGCAGCCAUCAAUCCCCCAUCUGAAGCACAACCAGCUAUCGUUGCGAAAAACGUUGAAGCAGUUACUGAAGAAAAGAAGGAAGAAACCCCGGCUGAUGUGUCAUCUAUAAAGACAGCAAGUGUACCUGAAAACACGCCAGUAGAAUCAAAAGUUGAAGACAAGAAAGAAGAAGUUGCCGUAAAGUCAGCUAUCCCUGAAGCUCCAGUUGAACCAAAACCUGACACUGUCGAAAAGCCCCAACGUAUAGUCCGCGACGCUGCAGAUGAAAAUAAAUCUGAUGUCAAAAUCGAAGAAAAACCAGAGGAAGCUGUGAAAGUUGAAGAGAAGCCUGCAGAGUCUGUAACCGCUGUCAAAGUUGCGGAGCCCGUCGCAGAAGUGAAUGACAAAAAAGAUGACAAAGAAGCAGCCCCCAAAGAAAAGGCAGUUGAAGCACCUGUGGAGGCUGUAAAGCCAAUUGAAAAGACAAUCGAAGUAAAAGAAGGCGAACAACUUCUAGGAGAUGAACCAAAGCCCAGCUCUGAGGAGAGUGAUGAAAGCGGGCCAAAGGCAGACAGCGAUGAAACAGCGGAGAGCGCUGAAAAGCCCGAAAAACCGAGCUCUCCUACCUCUUAGAUAAGCAAUAUAACUUCAAGUUACGGCGGCAGGCGUGUGUCGACAGAAUGUCCUCGACACGCGCCCCCCGCCUCUAAGUGGCAUGUGUCGCGGCUCCUACUAGUGAGUUUGUGAUAGAUACUCGUGUGAGCAGCCGGUGUCUGUGCUCAUCGGUGAUCGUGAUCACGUGAUCGUCAAAGUAGUUCUAGAGACUUACUUCUAAUAGAAACUUAUAAAUUACCUAUGUUGUAAUAAUUAUUUUUGAAUAAAUUAUCGAAUUUGCGGUACUAUAAGUAACAAAUAAAUACGUUUUCUACAA